AGGGGUGCAUGGCACAGGGGAGCUGUGCUUCAAACGGGGCCUCUGGGGUACCGGGUGCUCCCCCAGAGUAUCUAGCCUAGCUCGGGCAUGCGGGGCUCUGCCCGGGUGGUCCACACUUUCCUCAGAAUCUCGUGGGAUCAUAGAUAAAAAUCCUGAAAUAAGCUCCAAACGAGCAGAUACUGAGAAUUCCAGGGGACCUCGAGGUGAGGUGACCUCAGACCUUGUAGAUGAUAAAAGUACUGUUGCAGAGGGAGACUGUUCUAAACUCGCAAUAGGAGGGACCCCAGUGCCCGUAUGUGGCACUGGGGAAACCUAUACAUUCAAAAACAUCUCUGAAAGAGCCGAUGUGGGAAAGGGCGACAGUGGUGCAGAGGGAGAAUGCUCAAACCUCUCAGAUAACUCUGUGCGAUUCUUCCCCAUCACAAAGAAUGCAGAUAUGGCUUCAGCAGAUAAAUCUGUGAAUAUUUUGGAGAAAAAGCAGCAGAAUUGUGUGUUGAAAAAAGUUAAGUUGGGUUAUAUAACUAACAGCAAUGAUUCUGCAACUGAAAUGGUGGACAAAAAGGUAACUGGUGUUUCAGGUCGAGAAGUGGAAGGAGAGGGGGAGAUUGUUGGCCCAAUGAGGUAUGCUGUCAUGCUUGAUGGUUUCCCAGAUGUCAAGAUGACAGAGGAACAAGCUGACAAGGUGCUGACAGCACUCAUGGAGCAGAUUAACCCAAGUGACUGGAGGCGACCUAUCCAGUUUUCUGCGACACAGUACGAGAAUGGGGGCUUGGCAUUGACUUGUGUCAACAAUGCAACCAAAGCAUGGUUGUUCAAGACUGUUUAUAAAAUUGUUCCAUGGCCGGGAGCCAAGCUGCAGGUCGGGCAAGCAGAAUUCAUAUUGAAGGGUACCAAGUGCAUACUCUGGAUGACUAGGACAAUGAAGAAGAGAAGUAACCAGCAGAUUCUGGACUUGUUUCAGAAGCAAAAUAGAGACAUCUCCACUGCUGAGUGGAAAGUCCUAAGGAGGGUGGAGGAGGCAGAUAAAAGAGAGAGGCUGACUGUUUGGGUUGAUGACAAAUCUCUUGAGGAUUUGCAGGCACACAAUUUCAAGUUAUUCCUUGGUUUGGAUCAGGCUGAUCUCAUGCUGGCAUCAGAAUGGAAGAAAAUGAUGAACAGCUGCAGUUCAGCAGAGUGGCAUAAUCCGCAGCCUGUACUUCACAAUCUGGGACGACGACCUCCUGCAAAUUAUAAACCAUGUCAACCGGUGUCUCUAAAGUUUGCAUCUAAACAUUUUCUGCAUCCUUUGCAUUUUGGAGGCCCAGAACUGGAUGCCAAACUGAAAAAAGUGAAAUCUGGUGAUAUUACUAACACUAAUGACUCUGUAACUGAAGGUGUUAGCAAAAAUGAAGCUUAUGUUUUGGGUCGACAAUCGGAAGUAAAGGAGGAAAUGUUUGACUGGAUGAGGCAGGCUGUUGUGCUUGAGGGUUUUCCAGAUGUUAAGAUGACAGAGGAGCAGGCAGAGAUGGUGGCGACUGCACUCAUUGAGUGGAUUAAUCUAUCUGAUGAGGAGGAAUCUAUCCAGUUUUCUGAGGUGCAGUUCGAGUGUGGGGGUUUGGUGUUGACCUGUGUCAAUGAAGCGACCAAAAAGUGGCUGAAGGACACUGUUCGUCACAUCAUUCCAUGGUCAGGAGCAAGGCUGGCACUCGGCCAGGCAGAGCUUAUGUUGAAGGGUACAAAGUUCAUACUGUGGGUAUUGAAAGUGAUGAAGAGAAGUAAUCAGCAGAUUUUGGACUUGUUUCAGAAACAAAAUAAAGGCAUCUUUACUGCAGAGUGGAAAGUCCUGAGAAGGGUGGCAGAGGGAGACAAAAAGACAGGACUGAUUCUUUGGGUUGACAACAAAUCGGACAUCCCCACCUUUGAAUGGAAAGUCCUCGAGAGGGUGGCAGAGGCAGAUAAAAGGGAAAGGUUGACACUUUGGGUUGAUAACAAAUCUUCCAAGGAUUUGAAGGCACGUGGUUUCAAAUUAUACCUCGGUUUGGAUCAGGUAAAACUCAUGCUGGCAUCGGAAUGGAAGAAAGUGAUGGAGAGUUGCGGUUCGACGAGGCGCACUUACAAACUGCGUUCUCUGGUACCUGGUUUGGGGCCUUCAGAUGUGUCCCAGUCUCAGGCAGCUAUGUUCUUGGGUCCUAAUCGUUGUCUUCAAUUGUCCAGAUUUGAACAUCAGGGUCAGACACAUCAUCAUGAACUUAAAUUUGACGAUACAGGCCCUCCUCAGUUCUGUCAGACACAGUUCAUGACUUCAGACCGACUCUUCGCACAAGAGGGCAUGUUCAGAGAAUCUGCUGUAAUGCAGAAUAUCGAGCCUAGAUUCCUGGUUUCAGAACAGCCUCAUGGGCAUAGGUUCGGCAUGUCGGAAUGGUCACAGUCACGAGAAGCCAGUUACAUUGUACCGGACAGAACACAACAUACAGAGCCUGGGUACACAUUGAAUCGAUCCCAGGAAUACAGGUACUCCACCUUGGAUCACCAACAGCUUCAUGUCACAGGCUACAAGGACCAAGAUCUUUCGGAGGUUCAUGAGAUGAGGUUCAUGGUUUCACAUCAGAUGCACUCCAAAGAAGGUAGAGUAAUGGAACAAGAUCCUCUGUACUCUAGUGAAUCUAGAUUAAGACUGUCGGAUCCCCAACAGUUCCAAGUAUUUGAUAAUACAAUUUCUAGGAACCCACAUUCUUGGGAAGACAGAUUUUCAGGUCAGAUUUUCCACCCCAGCAACUGAUGUCAUCUUAGAGGAGCUGGAUGCCUUGGUCCUCAAGACCUUCAGAUUGUGGCAAGGGGUAACUGGUAAUUAUUCCCCAGCCAAAAUAGAACUUGAUUGGUAGUUUCAGACAGUGACUUCAUGUUUGCAACAUCUAACAUUCCAAAUUGUGGGCAUGUUUGUUGAAUAAAUUGAAAUAACCUUAGUGUUAAUUUCCUAUCCACUGUCAAAUACUGAACUUACACGUAUAUUUUCAUGAGCUCCAGAUUUUCCCAUUGUCUAUGUAUUGUACGGUAAUAAACUUUGAGAUCGGUUUGGAAUUGUUUUGUUUUAACUGAUUGCCAGUUGAGGAGUUUUUUUUGAAAAGGCCUGUCCAUUUGUUGUACAUUGCAAACCUCUUUGAGCUGGCUAAUAACAUGUUUUGUUUUGUAGUCUUCAGAAACAUUUGUUUUUGUAACUCAAUUUUUUGCUAGUUUUCAUAUAGUAUAAAGAAAGGAGUAAGUUAAGGAAGUAUUCCACAUUGUGUAUACAUCAAGUGACAAGAGUAACUUAAUGUCAUGUAUCAGUAUUUAAUAUUGAGUUCAAUGUCCAGAGAAUUUUGUAAAGCAAAUAGCUUGAAUAUCCAGACUGUAGUCGCUGUGUGUGUGUGUGUGUGCGUGUGUUCUUCAUAUGAGCAGUUGUGUCUUGGAAUAUAUGUACUGUACAAUUUUGUAUGCAGUAUAAAAUUAUCAUUUGUUUCUUAAUAAAUCACAAA